AUGGCUCCAAUCGCAAUUCCCAUUCUCGAACACAUCCAGGAAAAGGAUACUGUCCAACCUAGAAAGGACAAAUUGAAGCUGCCUGAGCCAGCCAGAAAGAGGCUCGAGAAGGCAGGUAUCGACUUGUCCAACGGCUAUCCAUACAGGCCGGCACAGCCACUUUACCUCGACGAUGUGUACAAGAUCAGGGACUAUGAUCGGGAACACGUAGAUCCGGGCUCCCGCGCUGAUCCAGAAAAGAAGGCACUGUUCGGUGCUGCAAAGGAAGUUAUACACUUGACUGCACACAUUGGAACUGAGAUUGUUGGACUUCAGUUGAAGGAUCUUACGGACCAACAAAAGGACGAGCUUGGUCUUUUGAUUGCUGAAAGAAGCGUGGUAUUUUUCCGUGACCAAGAUCUCUCGCCUCAGCAGCAAAAGAAGCUUGGGGAAUAUUAUGGCGAGAUCGAAGUCCAUCCCCAAGUUCCGCAUGUACCGGGUGUGCCGGGAGUGACUGUUCUCUGGCCCGAUCUCAUGGCGACGGAGGUAACUCCAAGCUUCAGAAAGACAGGCGGAGCGUCCAGGUGGCAUACCGAUUUGGUGCACGAACGCCAGCCAGCUGGCGUGACUCAUCUGCAUAAUGACACCAUCCCCAAGGUUGGAGGUGACACUCUGUGGGCUUCAGGCUAUGCCGCUUAUGAGAAGCUUUCUCCAGGUUUCAGAAAGAUCAUCGACGGUAGGGAGGCAGUAUACCGUAGCGCACACCCAUAUCUGGACCGCGAUAACACCAACGCUGGCCCACAGCGCAUUGAGCGAGUUCACCCGCUCGUCCGGGUGCAUCCAGCCACGGGAUGGAAAGCACUAUGGGUUAACCGCGCAUUCACCCAUCGCAUUGUUGGACUCGACAAAGCUGAGAGUGAUGCUAUCCUCAACUACCUCUUUGACGUUUACGAGAACAAUGUCGAUAUCCAGGUCCGCUUCAGGUGGACUCCAGGAACAUCGGCGCUUUGGGACAACAGAAUCACGAUCCACAAUGCAAGCUGGGAUUAUGAAGGUACUGAGCCGAGGCACGGAACAAGAGUUACUGCGUUGGCCGAGAAGCCGUUCUUCAAAGCAGAUGCUCCGACACGUAGGCAGGCCUUGGGUCUUGCUGGGCCCGAUGACAUUUGGGAAGCAUAA